AUGGAGAAGGAAAUUAUAAUUUUUUUCAUCAUAACUUAUUUGUGUUCAAUAAAUGCUCAAAACGAACCAAAAUCAGUAAAAUUAGAAGCUUUAACACCCCAAGGACUGCGCGUUACAAUACAGGAUGAAGGGUAUUCGUCAUGUACGUUUGCUGGUUCUCUUAAUAGAGAAACUGAGACGAAGCAAUGGCAACUAUAUGUGCCAAGAGCGAAAAAUGGGUUAUGGGUGUUUACCGACAGAAAUUACGAAUUAAGGAUUGGAGACCAUAUAACAUAUUCUAUUGCAGUCGCCAAGCACAGUUCAGAGUUUAGGAUAAAUGGGAAUUGGACCGUGAGUGAAUUUGUUAUUGAUAAUGAAGUCUCAACUUGCAACAUCUCUGAAACAAAUACGCUGUGCUCGACGCAAAUUUGUAAGGGUACUCUUAUAUUUAGUGAAGAAUUUGAUGAGCCUCUCAAUCUGAAAUGGCAAAUAGAACACAUGUUCCCACAGGGACCUGACUAUCCUUUUAACGCUUACUCAAAUGACAAAGUAAAAGUCGGAUCUGGGGUGCUAGUUAUAUCACCUUCUCGCACUUUACCAGGAUAUUCAAAAACUUGGGACAUGGGAUAUGCAUGUACAGGAGAACCUGGCACCAAUGAGUGCAAGCAAAGGUCAGUAGGACCACAAAUUCUUCCACCAGUUGUAAGCGGAAAAGUAACCACACGCAAGCUAUUCAGUUUCAAGUAUGGCCGAAUCGAUGUACGUGCAAAACUUCCCGAGGGCGAUUGGCUAAUACCAGAAAUCAAUUUAGAACCUCUCUAUAAUGAGUACGGAAGACAGCAAUAUGGUUCAGGUCUAAUCCGAAUAGCGUAUGUAAAAGGAAAUCAGGAAUUCGAUCACGAACUUUAUGGGGGUCCAAUUGUAUGUGACAAAGAGCCGUGCAGAUCUUCGUUUCUAAAAAAAUCUCCAAAAAUAUCUUCGUCUUGGAAUAAACACUUCCACGUGUUCUCUUUAAUUUGGAAACCUGAUGGAUUCGAACUCUUAGUAGACGAUAAGCUUUACGGAGAGGUGAAACCACCGUUUGAAAUGUCAAAUAUACCACACACGGAAGUAUGGGAGCGAGGAACUGCUAUAACACCCUUUGAUGAACUGUUCUACAUAUCACUUGGAGUGCGUGUUGGUGGGAUCAAUGACUUCGCUGACACUCCAGAAAAACCUUGGUUGAACCGCAGCCCCAAAGCUAUGUUCAAGUUUUGGAAAGACUCGUACUUUUGGAAGAAAACUUGGACUUCACCGGAGUUAAUUGUUGAUUACGUUCGCGUAUAUUCUCUAUAAAAGCUUGAAAUAAAUUUUGAACGUUUAUA